UCUCUCUCUCUCUCUAACCAUUUCCAAUUCGAUUGAAAAUUUUGACUCUCUCUCUGUUUCUCAAUUUCGCUCUUUCUCUGCUUUUUCUCUCUCAUCAAAACGACGUAGCUUUUCCUCUGCGCCACUUUCUCCUCCGGUAACCGGGGGAGUCGCACCGCCGGCGUUCCCCUUCCCUGAUUUCCUCACCAACCUUCAAUUCAACCUUUCCCGUUUCCUUUCACUGAUUUCUUCUCACAAAAUGGCUCACACCACUUGCUAGGGUUUCACCCCUCUCAAAUCUUUCUCUCCAACACCACCCUGUACCUUUUCUUCCUCAACCUAAUUCACUUCAUCUUCAUGGCUAUACGUGUAACCUUCUCCUUUUCAGGCUAUGUCGCCCAAAAUCUAGUUUCCUCCGCCGGCGUUCGAGUCGCCAAUUCUCGUUGUGUCCAAGAAUGCUGCAUCCUCUCUCGCUUCUUUGGAACCAACCAGAAACGCGAUCUCGAACGUUCCGGCGGCGUUCGCAGUCUCUACCCCGAUCUCCGGAGACCUAAAAAUUCAUCUCCUGUUUCCGCCUAUUCCACCCUCGCCGGAGAGAUUCUCACCGAAGGAUGUACGAAUCCGAUCGUAUUAGGUUUGAUUUCGAUGAUGAAGUCAACGAGUGUUGUAUCCGGGUCAACUUCGGCGGCUAUGGGUAUUAUGGGUAUUGCACCAUUCAAAACCUCUUCGAUUAUACCAUUUUUGCAGGGUUCCAAGUGGCUUCCUUGCAACGAAUCUGUUCCUGAACCUACAACGUGGGAGGUUGAUAAAGGUGGAACGGAGUGCGUUACUGUUUCUAACACAAAAUCGCGUUUGAGUCAAAAGGAGACUAGUGGUUGGAUUUCAAAAUUGUUGAGUGUUUGUUCAGAAGAUGCUAAAGCUGUGUUCACUGCUGUUACUGUUAGUUUACUGUUUAAAUCGUUCUUGGCUGAACCUAAAUCUAUUCCUUCUGCUUCUAUGUAUCCAACUCUUGAAGUUGGUGAUCGUGUUUUAACAGAAAAGUUUUCAUUCUUCUUUAGAAAACCAGAUGUUUCUGAUAUUGUGAUUUUCAAAGCACCUCCUUGUUUGAAGAAAUUUGGUUUUAGUUCAUCUGAUAUAUUUAUAAAAAGGGUUGUGGCUAAGGCUGGUGAUGUUGUGGAAGUUCGUGGUGGGAAACUACUAGUGAAUGGUGUCGCUGAAGAAGAGGAAUUUGUAUUAGAACCUCUUGCUUAUGAGUUGGCUUCAAUAGUUGUGCCAGAAGGACAUGUGUUUGUGAUGGGGGACAAUCGUAACAAGAGUUUUGAUUCUCAUAACUGGGGUCCACUCCCAAUCGAGAACAUUGUUGGUAGGUCCAUGUUUCGCUACUGGCCUCCAUCCAAAGCUGCGGACACUGUCUCCGUUCAUAACUCCCCACCUGGAAAUAAAUCUGUGGCAGUUUCUUAACAUGAUUUCCACUACAUUCUGAGGAGAUAAAAGAUUAUUGAUACAUUCAUUUAUUCUGAAUGAAUUGCUACUCCGGUUUUGGACAGGGAGUGAGCUGUUACUCAACAAUUCUCCAGGACGAGUCCGCAUGUCUUGAUUAUUGUUUGAGAUGAAUAUCUUAUUCAUUGAUGCAAUUUUGUCAAUGACCUCAUAAUACUGUUCUUUAGUGCUAUCCUGAGAUGUAUGGCCCCUUGCAAAAGUUGUGGGGGAAUAGAAAAAUUUAAGAAACAUGAUGGUGGGUUUUUGUUGUAUUCUUUCAUGUGUUUUUUAAAAUCUGAAUGCUAGAAACUUGAGGGAAAGCUUCAACAUGGAGCUAUUUGACUCCUUGUAAGUAAGUUUCAUAAUAAAAUUGCCUCAUUGUUUGUAA